UGUAGAUUCACACUCUCAUAAAGAUACUUAUGAUAGUAUAAACAAUCGAUUCUGUUUGAAUAGUUUCAGUUACUAAUCACUAAUCAAUAAUUGAUUUGAAUGUUUAUUUAAUUUUAUGCAGAUUGAGUUGAUUAGAUUGCAAUCAAUUACACUGUGAUUGUAAUAGAAGUAUGGGAACAGUUGCUGAAACAUGGCAGCCGCCAUUUGUGGAGUUUGAAACCAAUUUGGGUAGAUUUAUUGUUGAGCUAUAUUGGUUACACGCUCCUAAGACAUGUCGUAAUUUUGCUGAAUUAGCUAACCGUGGUUAUUAUGAUGGAACGAUAUUUCAUCGUGUUAUCUCUGAUUUUAUGAUUCAAGGAGGUGAUCCAACUGGAACUGGACGUGGUGGAUCAUCAAUUUAUGGUAAAACUUUUGACGACGAGAUCCACGAGGAUUUAAAGCACACUGGAGCAGGUAUACUUUCAAUGGCCAAUUCUGGACCCAACACCAAUGGCUCUCAAUUUUUUAUCACACUGGCUGCAACACCUUGGUUGGAUAAUAAACAUGCUAUUUUCGGUCGGAUUCAUAGAGGCAUAAAUGUGAUCAAGAAGAUGGGUCGAAUGCAAACGGAUAAAAAUGAUAGACCAGUCGAUGAUAUUCAAAUAAUCAAAGCACGUCCCCUCAUUGAUCUUGAAGAAUGAGCUUACCAUGCUCUUUUCAGCACAACACAUUUCAACAGACGAUCCAAUGUACUUAUUUGUAUUAAACUCUGGGUUGUUUUAUUAACAGUCUGAAACAAGAAAAUGUAUUCGAUCUGUUGAAUUACAGCCUCUUCACAUGUCACGAUUUUCAUUGUAAAACAAUAGUAAAAGAUAUAAAAGAGGUGAAAUUCACUCAUGGUUUUA